GACGCGUCGAGUCACCUGAUCUGUGACGCGUUGUUGGUUGAGGCUCAGGCAAGGUCCAGUUCGGCAGCUGUUCUCUUGAGCAUUUCACCAACCACCAUAUUCUCAGACUCUGUCAUUUUCAAACCGACGUCCUAACCUCCUGAUUCUGGUUGUUGCGCUCUCACUGCUGCUGAUCUACGCCCGCCCAACUCAUACAUGAGUUUGUCGCGGUAUUCUUACUAAUGCAAUCAGCUAGUUCCUCCUCGUCAAUACACCUUCAGCAGCGCUACAGUUCUCUAGUGUGGUCAUGUCUCGACGCCGACUUGCAUCGGUCGGCGGUAUUCUACGCCGAACGAUACUUUGUUCAUGAUCCUAACAAUCAUGAUGCGCGGCAUCUCUAUGCCACAGCUCUUCUACGUGCCGGCCAGCCACAUUCUGCACAUCAUUUGGUCGAUCUUCCUGUAGAUGCUCGAUGUCCGGGUUGUUCUGAGGUCAAAGCAAGAUGCUGUACGGUAUUAGGACGGCAUAGACAUGCAAGGCAAGCACUCGAGGAGACACUUGCAGAUCCUACAUAUACCCCUUCCCCAUCGAUGAAUUUUCAUACCACACGGACAUUCCCCGAACAUGCUGCUUUGCACUGUCAUGCGGCUGCGUCUGCUGCUAAAGGCAACCAACUAGAUUCUGCUGCGAAAAGUUAUGGCGAGGCAUUGAAACUUGAUCCGAUGGUCUGGGAAGCCUUUGAGGGCCUAUGCGCUCUUGGCCGAGCCCCAGCUGCCGAUGAUAUUUACCCUCUGCGUCCACCACCUACUCACGGAGCGAUGGAAGACAUGCCAAGUAUUCCUAUCUCUACAGGUGCUGGAUUCUUUACUCCAGUCGCCGGGAGUAGCGGAAAUCUCUUCAACCUAUGGCGACUAGACCAAAGCUCCAGCAGACCGGUUCGUAUGGGACCACCGGUUGGUCCGCGCGACUCACUAGCUUCAGCGGAUUCCUCAUUCUUUCCCGAGGAUUCGUUUCGGUUAGGGUUCCUGCGUCCAAGUCGGUCUCAACCUGCGACCUCAUUAGCGGUCCAACCACCAGCUGUGCGUCCUCUUUCCUCCGCCGAUGAAGCUGGCCCAGUAGCCAAGAAACCGCGUUCCACGCGGCAGCGUACCGCUCCGCCCUCUACAACAGCCGUAGAUACAAACUUGAAGCCGUCAAAAUCCGCUGGUGCACUGUUACAGGGGGCGGAAGAUCGGUCCAAAAGCUCAAAGCAUGCGGCGACGUCCUCUAGAUCAAACGCAGUUGGAUCGAAGACGGCAAGGGAACAACAGCCCCCAAGUGGCAACGUUAUAACCCGACGUAGCUCGAGGCUGCUAUCUGGGAAUCACACCAAACCGCCGCCACCGCCAAAGCAAACUACUGGGAGGAGGAAGGCAGCCAUUCGAAUGCGUCCAUUAUCCGAUACCGAUAUGGAUGAAGACUCUGUUGACCUUCCCUCCGUGCCUGUGUCGCCUCCACCGAUACAACCGUCGUCUUCUGACGGCUCUCCGGGCACCGAACAGCUCGUGCAAGAAGCGUAUGAGAUUGCCCUCGCCGACCACGAAAUCUACAAUCUGACUCGAAUAUUUGCCCGCGCCACUAGAGCGUUGGCAGUAUACGACUGUCGAACAUGUCUGGAAGAAUUGGAGACACUGCCUUCCAAUCACCAGAGAUCAGCAUGGGUCAUGGCUAUGGUCGGAAAAGCCCACUUUGAGCUUGGUGAAUACGCUCCUGCGCAACGGGCGUUUGAGGCUGUCCGUAAUUUAGAGCCUUAUCGGCUGUGGGACAUGGAAGUGUACUCCACACUGUUGUGGCACCUACAACGGAGUGUGCCGUUAUCCUUUCUCGCACAGGAACUGUUGUCUAUCAACCCCCGUUCUCCCCAAGCCUGGAUUGCAGUGGGGAACUGCUUUUCCCUACAGAAGGAGAAGACUCAGGCAUUGACAUGUUUCCGUCGUGCGUUCCAACUCGAUCCCUCUUGUGCUUACGCGUACACACUGAGUGGACACGAGUUGAUCGACGAAGACUUCGAUAAGGCUAUCAAUUUCUUCCAGUCCGCUUUACGUGUGGAUACACGGCACUACAACGCCUGGUAUGGUUUGGGAACAUGCUACAUGAGAAUGAGCAAGUUGCGACUUGCGGACUACCACUUCCGAAAGGCCGCCGAGAUCCAUCCAAACAAUGCCAUCCUCCUAGGAUGUGUUGGCAUGAUCUUUGAACGCACUGGGAACAUCGAAGCAGCCCUGGCAUUGUUUGAUCAAGCGAUACAGCUGUCACCCGACAAUGCACUUGUCCGGUAUCAUAGAGCGAAAGUGCUUAUCGCGCUAAGGAGGUAUUCGGUGCGUACUUUGCGGUCCAUCAGGCGCGUUGCAAGACUAAUGGCAUUGGGCGUCUUCCUGUUUAGCUUGCCAUCGCAGACCUCGAGUUGCUCCGGGCGGCAUCUCCGGACGAGUCGAAUGUGGUAUUCCAAUUGGCACGAGUGUACCGGCUGAUGGGAGACAAAGUCAAAUCGGCUCAGCUACUAGCGGUAGCGCGAGAUGUGUCGCCGAAGAGCAUCAACAAGAUUAGGAAGCUGUUAGAGACGAUGCCAGAUCAGGAAGCAGUGGACGAUGUGAUGGACGAAGGGUGAGGCAAGGGGGUCCUAGCAUUGUACAUAGGAAGAGUCGGACUUGCGUGCUAUUUGCAUAUAUUCGGAGGAAACUUGCGAAAAGAAUGUGCUGGCGGUUGCCAUAACAGGCGUGGCGAGUGUUUUAUGCGAAGAGGGGUGAGAGGGUUGCGUGAUCUGAGUUGUUCGCGUUUGUUCUUUGGCGGUGUACAGCCGUGCGUUGCGCCUUGGAAGACUGUCUGCGGGGGUCGUGACGGGGACCGUAGCGGUUGGAUGUGAGUGACAGAGCGUGACGAAAAUUGCCCAAAACAUCCGAGAGCACCCGAGGAAGUGGGAGACUUGAGUCACCGGUGAGACA